AUGGCCUCGAGCUGUCUCAAGUACGCGUCUGUGGACGAGUUCAUCGCAAAGUGCGUCCUCUCUCGCGACCCGCAUCAGCCUGAAUUCACGCAGGCUGUCCGUGAGGUGAUGACGUCACUGUGGCCGUUCCUGCAGAAGAAUCCCAAGUACGCUCAGGAUGGCCUGCUAGAGCGCAUUGUGGAGCCGGAGCGCGUGAUUCAGUUCCGCGUCCCUUGGAUGGAUGACAACGGCGUCACCCACGUCAACCGCGCCUUCCGGGUCCAGUUCAACUCGGCCAUCGGCCCCUACAAGGGAGGCAUGCGUUUUCACCCCUCCGUCAACCUCUCUAUCCUUAAGUUUCUUGGCUUCGAGCAGACCUUCAAGAACUCGCUCACGACGCUGCCCAUGGGUGGCGGCAAGGGUGGGGCCGACUUCGACCCCAAGGGCAAGAGCGACUGCGAGGUGAUGCGCUUCUGCCAGUCACUCGUGGCGGAGCUCUACCGGCACAUCGGCGCCGACACUGACGUGCCGGCUGGCGACAUCGGCGUCGGUGGUCGCGAGGUAGGCUACAUGAACGGCAUGUACUGGAAGCUGCGGAACACGAACGAGUGCACGUUUACCGGUAAGGGCCUCUCCUUCCAGGGCAGUGCGAUCCGCCCUGAGGCUACGGGGUACGGCCUCGUGUACUUCGCGCAGUCGAUGUUGAUGCAUGUCAAAGACUCUCUCGAGGGCAAGGUUGUCCUCGUGUCGGGCUCCGGCAACGUUGCGCAGUACGCGAUCGAGAAGUGCAUAGAGCUCGGAGCGAAGGUCGUCACAGCCUCCGACUCAAAGGGCUACGUACACGACCAGAGUGGCUUCAACAAGGAGAAGUUGGCGAAGCUGAAGGAGCUGAAGAACGUGCGCCGCGUGACGCUGGAGGAAUACGCGGAGGAGACGGGCGUCACGUACGUGCCAGGCAAGCGCCCGUGGUGUGUGAAGGCCGAUAUCGCCCUCCCGUGCGCCACGCAGAACGAGAUCGAGGCGGCCGAUGCCAAGACGAUGGUGGCGAACGGCGUGAAGCUGGUCGCGGAGGGUGCCAACAUGCCGGCAACGGAGGAGGCUACGGAGAUCUUCCAGAAGGAGGGUGUGCUGUUCGCCCCUGGCAAGGCCUCCAACGCCGGUGGCGUGGCCAUCUCCGGGCUUGAGAUGUCGCAGAACGCGGCGCGCCUGGCAUGGACAGCCGAGGAGGUCGACAGCCGCCUGCGCAGCAUCAUGUCCAGCAUCCAUGGCUCAUGCGUGCAGUACGGCGAAAAAGAUGGCAAGGUCAGCUACGUGGACGGCGCAAACAUUGCUGGCUUCGUGAAGGUGGCGGAUGCCAUGCUGGCUCUCGGCAUCGUCUAG